AUAAUUUUUUUAAUGGGCAGAAAAAAUAAAUACUAUGGAAAAUUUCCGUAAUUAAUAAAAUAAAAUAAAAAGGCAAAAUAAAAAGGAAAAACAUUCAGCUUCUACUGCUUUUCAAUUUUUCAACUCCGACGACGACCACGGAAGGUCGCAAAAUUUUCAACUCUCUCGUCUUCCCUUCCGGACCAAAAAAUAUUGCCGGCACCACAUCCGUUGACGCCGGGGAAGGGGAAGACCUUCAAAACCCCUUAAUUCGACCUUAUUUCAUUCGGUUCCCCAUUGGUCCGACAAAUGAGCAGUCAGGCCAUCCCUCCGCCUCCACGGCGGAACAGCUUGGGCCAGAAACGAGGUCCGUCGGCCCCCUCCAGGAAAUCCUCCGUCGCCGUCUCCGAAAACGGCAGCGCAAAUGGAACCUCCUCCAAGCCCAACUCUCCUUCGUCUGCUGGCGGGGAGAGGACUGUGAAGAAAUUGAGGCUCUCAAAAGCUCUUACCAUACCGGAAGGCACCACCGUCUCCGAUGCCUGUCGAAGGAUGGCGUCCCGCCGCGUCACCGCCGUUUUGUUAACAGAUGCGAAUGCUUUGCUUUCAGGAAUCGUCACUGACAAGGAUAUCGCUGCUAGAGUAAUAGCUGAGGGAUUGAGACCUGACCAGACGAUUGUGUCCAAGAUUAUGACCAGGAACCCGAUUUUCGUUGCAUCCGAUGCAUUAGCCAUUGAAGCACUUCAGAAGAUGGUUCAGGGCAAGUUCAGGCACCUUCCUGUUGUCGAGAAUGGUGAAGUUAUUGCUUUACUAGAUAUUACAAGAUGUCUGUAUGAUGCUAUAUCUAGAAUGGAAAAAGCAGCUGAGCAGCGAACUGCAAUUGCUGCUGCUGUUGAAGGGGUGGAACGUCAGUGGGGAAACAAUGCUCCUGCUCCAACAUUCAUAGAGACUCUGAAGGAAAAGAUGUUCAAGCCUUCCUUAUCAACAAUUAUUGGUGACCAGAACAGGGUUGCAAUUGCAGCACCAUCAGAUCCUGUCUAUGUUGCUGCUAAAAAGAUGAGAGAUUUAAAGGUCAAUUCGGCUAUUGUUUCGACUGGGAAUAAAAUUCUUGGGAUACUAACCUCAAAGGAUAUUCUCAUGCGGGUAGUUGCACAGAAUCUUUCCCCUGAGCUAACUUUGGCUGAAAAGGUUAUGACCCCAAAUCCUGAAUGUGCUACAUUGGAGACUACAAUCCUUGAUGCAUUGCAUAUCAUGCACGAUGGGAAAUUCUUACAUCUUCCGGUUGUGGAUAAGGAUGGAGUGGUUGCUGCAUGCUUGGAUGUUCUGCAGAUAACUCAUGCUGCAAUUUCUAUGGUUGAAAGCAGCUCUGGAGCUGUAAACGACAUGGCAAGUUCGAUGAUGCAAAAGUUUUGGGAUUCCGCUCUCGCUUUAGAUCCCCCUGAUGACUAUGACACACAUAGUGAAAUGUCUGCUAUGCUGACAUCUGAUGCGACUGAACUUGCAAAGUCCUACACGAACCUCGGUCUUGAGAAUUCCUUUGCCUUCAAAUUUUUAGACCUUAAGGGUCGAGUCCAUCGAGUUAAUUAUAGCACUGAAAACUUGGAAGAACUUGCAUCUGCUGUCUUGCAAAGAAUCGGUGCAUCUGAAGAACAAGAUCGUCCUCAUCUUUUGUAUGAAGAUGAUGAAGGUGAUAAGGUUUUGCUUGCUACGGAUUCAGAUCUAAUAAGUGCUGUUGGGCAUGCUAGGUCUGCAGGUUUGAAGGUCUUGAGACUGCAUCUGGACUUUGCUGAUUCGAGCCAGAACACUGAACCAGAGUCCGUUACAACGACAAUGGAGACAAGAAGUCAACGGAGGUCGUACCAAUUCAGCCUCUUAGCUGGGGCAGUUGCCUUGACAGGGAUCGGUGUGGUGGUUUACCUCAAACGAUCUCAGUUGUGAGAGACCAGUUCCAGACUUUCGAAGAAAUGGGAAAUUGUUAGGGAGAGAAGUGGAUGGUGAGAGCCUCAGGACAACCUGCUGAGUGCUGAGAGGUUCGAUUAUAUUUGUAUGAUUGUAUAUCCCAUAUAUGAUCGAUGACUGAGGGACGAGGACCUCCGUUUUGGCCGACGGGUUGUCAUAUUACUGAUGGUUCAUCUCCCAGUUUCGUGGCGGUGAAAAUACUGAAGAUUAACGUUAUAGGUUAGAGAAGGUGUUCUUAUGGCUGCCAUUAUCCUCUCUUGUGGACUUUGGUCCCAGUUUUGCCGUUGUUUUUUGUUGCACUUGUAUACUUUGUUUCUUUUUCCUUCCUCACAUCUUAUCUCAUGAAGUAUGUUUGAAGGGUUAUAUAAUGUAACGUUUAUUUACUGCAGCAGUUUAAUACUUUUGGAUUCACC